AUGGCACCACGGCUUCGAACCCUCCCCGGAGGGCGGGCGCAAAGGACUUGAAAAUGGCGCGUUUCCGCCUCGGCCGGAAGUUCCUCUGCUCGGGCACUUCCUUCUCUAUGGCCACUGCCCGAGAGAACUUCCCGUAUGCGGGAGCGCCCGCUUCGUCGCUCGGCUGGGACAUGUAACGGUCGCCGUCGCCAUGGAGACGCCCGGCACGAGGGUUCCCCUUUCCCAGUCAGAAGAAGCGCUGGUUUUGCCAAACGAAAGCAUAAAUUCUCCGCUGCCAAAUCUAACGCCAAGACACCAAGAGCUGAUUGCCACGCCGUGCGGCCCUAUCAAACGAUGGUCCGAACUGUCAUCUCCUGUCAAGAUCUACUUCUGUGUCACCAUCCUUUCGUUGUUGAGUGUCAUUGGAUUAACCAUAGAGACCCUCAUCCAGCAGAAAAAUGAAGAUUUCACUGUGUCUCUCAUCCAGAUCAUUGGCCUUGUUUUCUGCAUCUAUUACGUCAACCGGGGAAUCCUGCAGGAGAAUCGCCAGGAGCUCGUCGUCUUCGUCCUCUCUAUCACUUUGGUCAUGCUACGCUCCGUGAUCAACUUCACCGUCCUGCCCGCCAAGCAGAAGCCGGAGUUGUUGGCUCGCUUCGUCCUGAUCCUUCUGGUGGGGGCCUUCGACGUCUGCUGCGCGGUGAUCCUGAUUCAGAGCGAGAGCCGGAUGGCCUUCCGAGUGGGCGGCGCGUUGGAGAGCCUUCAAGCCCAGUAUUUCAUGCUGAACCUCUGCUUUUCCAUGCUGACCUUUGACCUCCAGGCUCAGCUCUGUUUGUGUGUCCUGCUACUGACCACAACCCGGGAGAUUUCAAAUCUCCACAGUGUGUUCCUGGCUGUUGGGAUUUGCUGGGCUGUUCUGAAGGUGGCCUGUGGCAUCACUGCAAUCUUAAAAGAGUUAAAACCUCUCGCCUGGAUUUUCGUGAUUCAGAAUUUACCCGAAGUGGCUUAUCUGGCAUACCUCCUCUACGCAGUGAUAACAGAAUGGGGCCAAGGGAGCUCUUACGCCUUGGAAGCUGCCAUCAUCACCUGUUCCUGCAUUUCGGUGGUGAUCAAAAGCGUUCUGUUCUGGGCCCUGUUUCACGUCUACCAGAGUUUUGGGCAAGGCCUGAGAGAGAGGAUGUUUUCUUCCUAUGGAAGGAUCGAUUCGUGACCCACUUCUCCCAUCGUCAAACCGAUGUGCUCUUAUAGAGUGAAAACCAAGUUGGGAAAAUCCGAUUCCCCCCUCCGCUUUCUGCCCCCCCCCCCCGGUUAGGACUCUGAUAAGAGAAGCAGCAGCAGCAGCAGAGACUCGAUCCCCAAGGGAGACUUUUGCUCCACUUUUCUAGGAUUCCAUUCUGCCUCGCUGGAUCUCCGGGAUCACACCCUGCCAGCCUUCCUCGCUCGGAAACAGCCAACGAAACCACGCAUCGUCCCCCCAAUUCUCCCAAAAUGUCCUUCGGAGCACCUUCCCGAUGUAGCUUGCAGUGCAAGUGGCCUUUCUCGUGGUUGGGGUCUGGCAUUUUGCUCCCCUGGCUGUAUUGUAAUCCCCCCCCUCUUAUUUUUAUUUUUAAUUUAAUUUGGGCCUUGCAAACCGUUGGCAUGUCUGAGCUUGAUCGACGGGGGCAGAUUCCGGUUGCCAAAUUGCAAACUGGGAUCGCGGGGGUGUGGCCGUAGUUUCACCUUAAAGAGCCUGGGGCCCGAUUUUUUGCCUGGCCUGACCCGCUCUCCGAUCCAGCUUGCACUCUUGUUACAGAGGGAGCUGCCUGUUUUCACGCUUCCAAGGUUGCAGGAAAUAGAUUGUCCUUCCAGUUGCAAGGUUGCUUCAGUUCCUUGGCAGGCACUCAAGGAGAACAUCUCCUGCCCUCCCGGUGUGGUGCCAGAGAGGCAAAGAACCAGUCGCAUACUGGUUAGCGUAGGCUGGUCAGUUUUGCACGAACCCUUGUAAAAAAAAAAGGCAGAGAUUUUGUCCCACCCAAAGAAUUUUUGAGCCAGGACCCACCGAAGGCAGGACAGAAUGAAUGGUAAAAUCGUUGGCCUAAAAUUAUCCCAUCCGUGUUGCACAAACUGGGCCCUUGCAAGGACCAGCGUGUCCGUCUACCGUGUUUCCCCGAAAAUAAGCCCUCCCCAAAAAUAUUUAAACGCCCAGCCAGUCCCUGCCAUUUCCUCGGAUUAGGGUUAGGGAGACAGAGCUGGAAAUCAGGUAAGAUGGCAAGAGGAGCCCCAUCUUCCUCCACGCGCCCCAAAUUAAUAAGACCUCCCCGAAAAUAAGGCCAAGUGCUUAUUUCAGAGUUCAAAAAAAUUAUAUAUAUAAGACAGGGUCUUAUUUUCGGGAAAACACGGUAGAUCAGACCCACGCAAGCUUCUCUCUUUCAAACUUUUGGCCCUAACCUAAGGGUAUUUCGGCUGUUCUUUCUUUCAGUCAAUAUUAGCAUGGCGGAUUUCUUGCUGACUCCAGAGCGCUCUCUUUGAAAAGUUCAAAAUGCAAUCUUAAAAACUUUCCGUGCUGGCUUUGGUCCUCUCUUUUCAAAACACCCCCAGCGAUGUGAAGUUAUCUUUAGCCGAGCUAUUCUUCGUAACAAAAGUGAUUUUUUUUCCUAACCCAAAAGCCAGUAUUUCAUAUUCUAAUCAUAAUGCUUUAUUUUUUUUAAAAUUUGAUUUAUAUGAUUUAUAAUUUGAUAAAUCAAUAAUUUGAUUUAUUUUAAAUAAAUAAAUAAAUAAAUAAAGAUUUGUUACCGGGCUUGUAUUUUUCAAUAAAGGAUCAAUGGCACGA